UCUCCUUUGGCCGCGCUGCUCCUCAGUGUGACCACGAGCGAGAAAAUAAAGUGAAAUGACGUGAAAUGCGCGAGAAGAGCUAUUCAAAUGCUACUCAUAUCCCUAUUCUAGGCAACUAUCUCUUUAGGACAGGGAUUUGUUCCCAAAGCUGCUUUCCCUCCCGAGAUUCUGUAAGGAGCGGUGUGACGAACAAGUUGAGCAGUGCCCUUCUGCAGAGGUCUGAGUGUUAUCUCCAUGGAUUCCUACGUUUCUAAGUUUUCAUCAUUCUGGCAACUUCACUUCCCUAAGUCCCAAGUGUGAUAGCUGCUUCCUGCAAUUGGAACCCACACAACAGCGGCUUGAGCACUACAUAGAAGACACCAAAAAUUCAGACUCAGGAAAAAAAGCGCUCAGUCUUCAAGCAAGGACAUCAUCCCCUGCACAUUUCCCACAUCUACUUAGGGAUGCCAUACUUUGGCAGAAUUUGAAGCAUUGGCAGGAUGUUACCCUGUGAGUUGCUGUGAAGAGAAGAAACAAGACUUUGUAGAGGAAGGAAAGAAAGAGCAAGACAAGUUAAGAGAUCCUGAGAUGAGGUCUUGAUCACAUAUCAGAUGUCUAAUAAACAACUCCAGGAUUCCACAGACCUAUUUAUCAGACAGUUCAAGUGGCACAUGACCAUGGUUGUGGGAUCAGUCCUUGCAAUUUGUAUCUUGUACAUCAGAGUUUCCUGGCUUGACAGCACCAUUCCUCUGCCCCCACAGCCCCACCCAGCCCACAAGUCUUCUGGCUCUCUCCCUCAGGAGCUCUCAGACCUGACCCAUCUUCUGCACUGGCCUCCCACCCCAGGAGAUGGGGGAGACCUCUUAGCCUCCACCAGUCCCCAGACCUCCACCUACCACCUGAGGAAAACUUCUCAGGCCAGCUACACCCUGGGAGGCUACCUAGAGGCCAUUCUUAUUGCCAGAGACCACCGGGGCAGGCCCAAGACCCAUGGUGGGGAUCUGUUUCGAGCACAGCUGUUGGGUCCCUACCUGAAGGCAGGAGUUCCUGGGGAUAUACAGGAUUUGGAGAAUGGCACCUACCUGUUGUCCUUCCCCCUACUCUGGGCUGGACAGGCCCAGGUGCAAGUACGGCUGAUCCACUCCAGUGAGGCAGUUGGGGUCCUGCGGGGAAUCUGGAGAGACCAGUGGGCCAUGGUUGAUUUCAUGGGCUAUUUCCGAGGACCCACAGGAUAUGAAGAAAUUGUGACUUGCAAUGUUAACCCCCUGCUAAUGGGGGAGGAAGAAUCUACCUGUCACUACAGGGAUGAAGAUUCUGGUGAGCUCUGGUUCUGUGCUCGACCCCCUACCCUACCCUGUGACUCACUGGUAGGGCAUUCAAGUGGACAUUAUUGGAAUGUGACUACACCACACGAGGAGGCCCUACUGGCAUGGAAUGUGACAGACAAGGUCCUCCCUCAGGAUAUUUCGCCAAUCUGGGUGGCCAAGGAGAGCAACAAGAGUCUGGUUCUGUCCCCUCAACAACCGUGCCACCCUGGGAUCAUGGGCCCAAAGCCCUCUGGCUUCUACCACCAAGCCAUGUGGCACUCACUAUCCUGCUCCGGCCGUUCCUUCUCAACCGUUGACAGCAUCCUGGGCUGCCUGGCUGGCCACAUCAUCCACAUGAUGGGGGACUCCACGCUUCGGCAGUGGUGGGAGUACCUGCGUGACACCGUGCCCUCCCUGAAGCCUGUGGAUCUACACACCACGUAUCAGACGGGGCCCCUGAUGGCAGUGGAGACCACUCGGGGCAUAGUGCUGCACUGGCGGGCUCACAGCUGGCCCCUGCGCUCCCUGCGCACACCAGUGGCCUCCCUGCACUCUGUGGUCCGGGAGCUGGGGGGCCUGGCCGGGGGCCCCCACACAGUGGUGGUGCUGGGCCUGGGCGCCCACUUCACCACCUUUCCCCCAUCUGCCUUUGUGCAACGACUUGCAGGGAUCAGGGCUGCCGUGGCUGCACUGCUGGCCCGGGAGCCCCGCACUCUCGUGGUCAUCAAGCUGGCCAACACUGGCUACAAGUCCGUGUAUGGCAGUGACUGGUUCACCCUCCAGGUGAAUCGGCUUCUCCGAGCUGCGUUUGCUGACCUCCGUGUGGCUUUUGUGGACGCCUGGGAAAUGACCUCCAGUCUGGGCUUGCCCGACAGAAUCCACCCAGGGCGGCUAAUCAUCCGCAAUGAGGUCAACUUACUCCUGUCCUUCAUUUGCCCCACUUGAGCGAUUCUGCAGGUUCUGGGCUGUGAGGAUGGAGAAGCUGGUGUGAUGAUCAAGCCUAGAAGCCCUUCCCUUCAGCCAUCUGUACCUCUUCUCUUACUUUUUUAAUGCACGGGCCAUAUUUCAACCAGCAAGAAUUGGGAUGUGGGUGGUGGCAGGUGAAGGAAACCUGGCAGUGGUCCAGUUCCCACAUAGAAAAGCAGUGCUGAGGUGGUGAGGGCAGAGACAGAGCUAGCAACAUUUAUCACAUCUGUGCAUGUAAGGAUUGUCAUUUUAUGUGCCAGUGUCUCCAUUUGGAGUGUCAGUGAGCCUUGCAAAGAUAUGAGAGGGAUUCUAUUUCAGUUCAUCAGAGCCACCCUGGUGGAGAGCCUGACUAUAUACAUAAAAACUUGUAUCGGUUGAUUUGUAAAAUAAAAAUAUUUCUCCUAG